CUGUCUGUCUGUCUGUCUGUCUGUCUGUCUGUCUGUCUGUCUGUCUGUCUGUCUCCUGGACGAACUGGGAUGGUACCAGGCCCUGCUAGAUUCCCUGGAAGCAGAAGGUGUGUGUGUGUCUGUGUCUGUGUCUGUGUCUGUCUGUCUGUCUGUCUGUCUGUCUGUCUGUCUGUCUGUCUGUCUGUCUGUCUGUCUGUCUGUCUGUCUGUCUGUCUGUCUGUCUCCUGGACGAACUGGGAUGGUACCAGGCCCUGCUAGAUUCCCUGGAAGCAGAAGGUGUGUGUGUCUGUGUGUCUGUCUGUCUAUCUGUCUGUCUCCUGGACGAACUGGGAUGGUACCAGGCCCUGCUAGAUUCCCUGGAAGCAGAAGGUGUGUGUGUGUGUGUCUGUCUAUCUGUCUCCUGGACGAACUGGGAUGGUACCAGGCCCUGCUAGAUUCCCUGGAAGCAGAAGGUGUGUGUGUGUGUGUCUGUCUGUCUGUCUGUCUGUCUGUCUGUCUGUCUGUCUCCUGGACGAACUGGGAUGGUACCAGGCCCUGCUAGAUUCCCUGGAAGCAGAAGGUGUGUGUGUCUGUCUGUCUGUCUAUCUGUCUCCUGGACGAACUGGGAUGGUACCAGGCCCUGCUAGAUUCCCUGGAAGCAGAAGGUGUGUGUGUGUGUGUGUGUCUGUGUCUGUGUAUGUGUCUGUGUCUGUGUCUGUGUCUGUCUGUCUGUCUGUCUGUCUCCUGGACGAACUGGGAUGGUACCAGGCCCUGCUAGAUUCCCUGUAAGCAGAAGGUGUGUGUGUCUGUGUGUCUGUCUGUCUAUCUGUCUGUCUCCUGGACGAACUGGGAUGGUACCAGGCCCUGCUAGAUUCCCUGGAAGCAGAAGGUGUGUGUGUGUGUGUCUGUCUAUCUGUCUGUCUCCUGGACGAACUGGGAUGGUACCAGGCCCUGCUAGAUUCCCUGGAAGCAGAAGGUGUGUGUCUGUCUGUCUGUCUGUCUGUCUGUCUGUCUGUCUCCUGGACGAACUGGGAUGGUACCAGGCCCUGCUAGAUUCCCUGGAAGCAGAAGGUGUGUGUGUGUGUGUGUCUGUCUGUCUGUCUAUCUGUCUCCUGGACGAACUGGGAUGGUACCAGGCCCUGCUAGAUUCCCUGGAAGCAGAAGGUGUGUGUGUGUGUGUCUGUCUGUCUGUCUAUCUGUCUCCUGGACGAACUGGGAUGGUACCAGGCCCUGCUAGAUUCCCUGGAAGCAGAAGGUGUGUGUGUGUGUGUCUGUCUGUCUGUCUGUCUAUCUGUCUCCUGGACGAACUGGGAUGGUACCAGGCCCUGCUAGAUUCCCUGGAAGCAGAAGGUGUGUGUGUGUGUGUCUGUCUGUCUGUCUGUCUAUCUGUCUCCUGGACGAACUGGGAUGGUACCAGGCCCUGCUAGAUUCCCUGGAAGCAGAAGACUAUAAGGGUCUGUGUGAGGCCCUGAAGGGCUGGGACUUUCAGACCCUGGAGAGCACCAAGCUACACAGAGUGCUUCUGGACCGGAUAGAACCCCGCUUCACGAAAAUGAUCAAACCCAGAGACCUGCUGCUACACCUGGGAGAUUGUCUCAGAAAGAGAGAGUGUGAAGAGAUACUGGCGAUAGAGAACCUGAAGGGACCAAUAGCAGCAGCAGAGAGGCUGACUGACUGUCUGAAGAGAAGUGAUAAACAGAACUGGUUCAAACUGCUGAAGUCGGCUCUGUUCUCCUGUGAACUGACUGACGCCCUGCAACUACUGGAACCUGACACAGAGUCAUCCGUGUCAAAGAUGGAAGUGGGUGAGGAGGAGGAUGAAACCGUGAUGACUGUCUCCUUCCAGUACACUGAGCAGUCUGACGAUGACGAUGGGAUGCUGAUGAGCGGCAAUCCCUUGACACCAUCUGAAACUCCGCCCACCUCUGCAACAGGAGCCAAUAGUGGUGUUGGUGAAGUCCAGAAAGGAGGGGAGAAGAGGCUGAGAGAGGAGGAGGAGGAGAGAGGAGGAGGAGGAGGAGGAGGAGAAAAGAGUAGAGGAGGAGAGAAGAAACUGAGAGAGUAUCAGAGAGAGCUGGCUGAACCGGUGUUUCAAGGCAAAAACACGGUCAUCUGUGCCCCAACCGGCUGUGGGAAGACGGUGGUUGCCCUGGCGAUCUGUGAGCAGCACCUGAAGGUUAAGGGUAUGGGUGCGAAGGUCGUCUUCAUGGCAACCAAGGUGGACGUCUUCAACCAGCAGUAUAAACUGUUCCAGGACCAUUUCCAAGAGAAAGACCCUGACAUCAGGAUCGACGGCCUUUGCGGUAACCAGGGCGACCAGCUGUCGAUGAAGGUGGUAAUGGAGAACAAUGACAUCAUCGUCUUAACCCCUCAGAUCCUGGUGAAUGCCAUGGCCCGAGGGGAGGUUCCCUCUCUCUCCUGCUUCUCUCUGUUGAUUCUAGAUGAGUGUCACAACACAACAGGGAAACACCCCUAUAACAUCAUCAUGACAUCAUACCUGGAUGCCAAGCUCAGCACGGAGCAGAACGGACAACACCUGCCCCAGAUUGUGGGUCUGACGGCCUCAGUGGGGAUUGGCUCGUUCAAGAACCAAUCAGAGGCUGAGAACAACAUCUGUCAGCUGUGUGCCAGUCUGGACAGCCGCAUCAUCUCCACCAUACACACAAACACUAACGAACUACAGUCCUACGUGCACACACCUGACAAAGAAGUACAACGAUGCGUUGAUCAUCAACGAGGAUGCCAGGACUAAGGAUGCGCUGGAGUACCUGUCCUCUUUCAUACAGCAGGUGAAGAACGCAGGUCACGACGAGACGGAGAGACAACUCACCGCUUACU